AUGACGAUGUUCAACAGCUGCCGAAUUAAUAACUACAUAAUAACUAGCCAAAUUGGCGAAGGCGCGUACGGUCUGGUUUACCGUGCGAUAGACAUUCACAACGAUAGGGAAUACGCUAUCAAAGCAGUAGUCCAGGGCUCCAGUGUUAGCCGCGGAGCCGACAUGGACGGUGGCGAAACAUACCGGAACAGCGCCAAAUUGCAAAAAAGGCUUGCCAAACUUUUCAGAGAGUCAAAAAACAUCGUCAGAACACCCUCGAUAGAUCUUGGAUCGAUUGAGAAUAUGAAGGAAGAAGACUUCAAGAAACUUCCUCACUAUAAAGAAAUUUCUCUGCACCUGAGAGUUCACCAUCACAAGAAUAUUGUCACCAUACGUGAGGUCCUGCAAUCUGCAAUCUGCACGUUCAUAGUCAUGGACUACUACCCAACCGACCUGUUUACAUCGAUCGUAGACAACAGACACUUCAUCACCAACGGUUUGCUGAUCAAAAAAGUCUUUCUACAGAUCUGUUCUGCUCUUAAUUACUGCCAUGAACACGGUAUCUACCAUUGCGAUGUUAAGCCUGAAAACUUAUUACUAGAUGCAGACGACAACGUUUUCCUUUGCGAUUUUGGGCUGUCUACCACUUCAACUUACUUGAAGCCCAAUAUCUGUGUUGGCAGUUCAUACUACAUGCCCCCUGAAAGAAUUUCAUUUGACAAUGCGAAAUGUUCCAGCUCCAAAAUUAGAGUUAAAGGUCAUAAAUUGAAAAAAAUGUGCUCCUCAUGCAACGGUGACUUAUGGUCGCUAGGUAUCAUUCUUAUCAAUUUGACAUGCGUCAGGAACCCCUGGUUGAAGGCCGACAAAACUGAGGAUAAUAGUUACUACUAUUUCACCAAGGACCCCACUGUAUUGAAACAGAUUUUACCUCUUUCUGAUGCUUUGUAUUCGUUAUUGUCUCAAAUCUUACAAGUGAACCCGAAGAAAAGAAUAAGCUUGCAAGACGUGAUGAAGGAAGUCAGUUCCAUUACCAGUUUCACCAAUAAGGGCCCUUUAUCAAAAGUACCGCCUCUUUCUAAAUCUGUCUAUGAGAAGUUUAGUAAUCCUGGCGAUGCCACUGGUAAAACCAUGUCACCAAAACAGUAUACAUACAUGGACAAUCGUAGGAUGGACAAGAAUCUAUACUGUACCUCUUCAAGUGACGACGACGACAGGGUUCAAGAGGAGGAAGAAAACGACGGUGGCAGUCGUAGUGGCAGUCUUGGUACCUUAGACACAGACACUGGGUUGCACUCUUCAUUCACAAGCACUUCUUGUGACUCCGAUAAUGAAUCCUCCAAGGUUCCUAAUAAGUUUUCUUUGCUCGAAAAAAAGUUCAACGAACUUCACAUGAGCGCAACUUCUCUAACAAACUAA